AUGUCCGAAGCCAUCGACCAUAUUGAGGAUGAUCGCCGCGAUACCGAGACGCCUGCCGCUGCUUCGAAUGAUGAUGAUGCAGUCAAUACUGCUCAUAGCGCCGACGGCGCUGCUGACGGCCAUGAGUCCGAUAAGGAUUCCGACCUCCUUUCCGAGGUCGACGAAGAGCAGUUCGACGAUUACGAUCCCAAUCUCGAAGAGAGGCCCGUGGAAAUUGAUGAAAAUAUUGCCAAAUCGUUGAAAGCCGCCAAGCGCAAGAAGACCGACGGACAAACGACAAAGAAGCCGAAGGAAGGGCGUAGGCCAAAGAAACGCGCAAGACCGGCCGAGGAUGAUGGCGGCGAGGUUGACGCCCGUGAUCGCCGUCCUCGGAAAGCGCGCGCUACUGGCAGCGAGCGGCAGAAAAGGGAUUCAUCAGAUGAGGAGGAGGUCAACGAAGAAAACCUCACCCCAGAGGAACGCCGCCGUCGCGCCAUCCAACGGGCCGUGGAUGAUGCGCUCAAGAACCCCUCGAAGGGGAAGCGCAAAACUGGUCUUGACUUGGAAACCGAGAUUGACGAACAGAUCGCCAAUCUCAAGGUCGCGAUGGAGAAAGCUUGCAUGGCAGACAACGAAGCCCGCGAAAAGGGACAGGCUGCCACCCACAAACUCAAGCUUCUCCCGCAAGUUACCGCCAUGCUUAACAGGACAUCGGUCCAAGAAUACGUCCUCGACCCCGAUACCAACUUCCUGCAGUCAGUCAAGUUUUUCCUCGAACCGCUCAAUGACGGUAGCCUGCCCGCCUACAACAUCCAACGCGACAUCUUCAAUGCACUCACUCGGCUUCCUAUUACCAAGGAAGCUCUUCUGAGCAGCGGCAUUGGCAAAGUUGUCUACUUCUACACGCGCAGCAAGCGCCCGGAGCCCAGCAUCAAGCGCAUUGCCGAGCGCCUGGUGGGUGAAUGGAGCCGUCCGAUCCUGAAGAGGACGGAUGACUAUAAGAAACGGCAGGUCGAAACCCGCGAUUUCGACGUUACUGCUGCACAACUCGCCCAGCGCCAAGAAGCCGCGGUGGUUGGCCCACAGACGCUGACCUUGACACAGCGGCCCGCGGGCAAGACUCGCUACGAACUCGAGCGCGAGCGCCUGCUCGCUCCCGAGGUCAACCCCAACCGCGCCCAGCCGCCCGGUCUGCCUGCAAGCUACACGAUCGCGCCGCGCAGCACCUUCGACCCGUCGCGUGCGGCUGCGAUUGCAGGGCACCGCCCGAUCGGUCUUGCGGGCUUAGAUGCAUUCAGGAAGAUGACAUCUAAGGGGAAGAAGAACAAUCGCUGA